UCGAAUGCAUUAUUUUGCAUUAAAAUGGAGAAAAAUAAGCGCAGGAGUUCGUUGCGGCAGCCGCCAGCCAGAGAUGACGAUCAGACAGCGGCAGCGGGGACGCAGAAUUGCGUGCUCAAGCGUCGCAUCAGCUUUAGUGGCAAGAAGUCCGUGAGAGAGUUCGUGAAUACGGAGGAGCCUCACUAUUGGGAAGACUCCUACGAAUUAUCGGAAAUCACCAAUGGCGAAGACAACAGCAGAGAGAAGGCGCCGAAAGCUGGCCCCAGCCAGCAGGCGCCGACAGCGGACAAAGAGAAUAUACCGCUGCAGUUUGAACAUGCAAGCACCAGAAUCGAUAUGACGUUGAACCUGCGGACGAGCAUCGAUGUGCCCAUGUUUCCAUGUGAAAAGAAUCGCAAUCGCCCCAAUUGUUCGGUGCCCCGCGAGUCGCUGUUUGCCGAGAGUUUCUCUCUCUCUUCGAUGGGGCGGGACAAGCUAAAGGAUACGCUGUACAGCCAUCGAAUCACGGACAAGACCAUAGAUCUGAUGCAGAUCUCAUCCAAAGUUAGGGAAGACUGCUCGUUGGAGUUGUCCUCGUUUGAAAUGGAAAAUAUUAAAACACAACCAACGAAAUCUGUGGGUGAUUCCUUUAUGGACAUCACGCCACUGGGAUAUACUGGUCCAGUUACUUCUGCAGCUGCUGCAGUACUCGUCCCAGUAGAAAAGGAGAAUGUUGAUCCUGUUCAGAAAUUGGUGCAUAUGGAGGUGGAAGAGGGCCAAAAGGAGAUCCAGAGGCAGGCAGAUAUAUCCUUUGACUGCGACAUGAAUGAUUCCGAUGCCAGAGACCGACUGUCGUCACAUGGCUUCUUUCAGACAGAGCCCAACAAUAGUACCAUCAACUACCUGGGAGACGAGUCUGUUCUCAUUCCAUUCGACAUGAUUUCUGGGGAAAACAUCAGCAAGAAGCUGAACUUUCGUCAACUGAACGAUGACCUGGAAGCGGGAAAGAUUAAGGUCUUUGCGAACGGCCCCAGGACCCCGUGCACAGAUCGCAAGGCCAAGCAUAAGAGGUUCUGGCAUGGCCUAGAUGAGGAUCAGGAUCAGGAUCCAAUGGACAUCAACAUAAGGAGCAUCAAGCCGCGCGCAACUUUAAAUUUCAGUGAGAAUAUGACCAUGUCCCCCUUGGCACAAACAGCGCCAGUAACAGUAGCGGCAGUAGCAGAGCCGUUGCCGCGGGAAAAGCUAAAGAUACCGGAUGAUAAGCGCAAGUAUCGGGUCUCGCAGGCGGAUGAGAUGAUGCUGGACAACACGAACUUCCUGGCACAUGCCAAACUGGGCGAUGAGACCCAAUCUCGCAAUAGUUCCAAGGUCUUAUCGAGGAGAGAGUCUACAUAUGAAAGCUCGGAGCUCGAUUUGGGAACGCCCAAGAGGAACAGCAGCUGCAGACCGGACUUCCAACCAUCCACCAUGCAGGAGGCACCAUCGAAGCAUUCCAAGCCCAGACAGACCAUUCAUCUGUCUGCGGAAAUGGAGCAGGAUGUGUUUCGCUUGGAAGAUGCUGCUGCCGCCAUCCCUCCAGAGCGCGCCUCCUCUGCCAGACGUACCUUCAGCCUGAACGAGUCCAUGGACCAGGAAAAUAUUGUCGACGAGAAAGCCAGAGCCAUCCAGUCCGAGGAUAACGUGCCGCGCAACCGCACCAAAUCGAAACGUAGGGAGACUUUGCUCAUGGAGGAGAGCAUGGAAGAGGAUAUUAUAAGUCCUCUCAAGGAGCUGCAUCUCAAGGGAAAUGCUGAUCCGGCAAAGGGACCUAAGUCCCGUCACACUCUCCACUUGGCGGAACCGUUGGAGGAAGACGAAGCCCUCCCCCGGAAUGCUGCAGCCACUGAGGCCAUAAGGAAAGAUCGUAGGCACCUGGCUGAAGCCGUUCAGGAGCAUCUUCAAAUGGGAAAUCAGAGGUCCAAAGCUAGGCAGACUAUUCUUCAGGAGGAACCAAUAGAGGAAGAUGUCGACAAUGCAGCUACUGGGGCCAUAAGGAAUAAAGCCGUUCAGCAGAAUCUACCCAUGGGAAAUCAGAGAUCGAAAGCCAGGCAGACUAUUCUUCAAACGGAACCAAUUGAGGAAGAUGUCACCGCAACGGGGGCAAUACAAAACAAAUCCGUUCAGAAGCAUGUACCAAUAGGAAAUCAGAGAUCGAAAGCCAGACAGACUAUUCUUCAAUCGGAAGCAAUAGUGGAAGAUGUUGACGAUGCAGCCACUGGGGCCGUAAGGAAAGAUUAUGAGCACCUGGCGGAAGCCGGUCAGAAACAUCUACCAAUGGGAUAUCAAAGAUCCAAAGCCAGACAGACUAUUCUUCAGUCGGAACCAAUAGAGGAAGAUGUUGACGAUGCAGCUACUGGGGCCAUAAGGAAAGAAGCCCUUCAGCAGAAUCUACCAAUGGGAAAUCAGAGAUCCAAAGCCAGGCAGACUAUUCUUCAGGCGGAACCCAUAGAAGGAGAGUUUGACUAUGCAGCCACAGGGGCCAUGAGGAAAGAUCGUAAGCAGCUGGCUGCAUCCGUUCAGGAACAGACGAAUCAGAGAUCCAAGGCUAGCCAGAGUAUUCUGCAAUCGGAAGCAAUAGAGGAAGAUGUUGAUGGAGCUACUGGGGCCAUAAGGAAAGAAGCCCUUCAGCAGAAUCUACCAAUGGGAAAUCAGAGACCCAAGGCUAGACAGACUAUACUUCAGGCGGAACCAAUAGAGGAAGAGUUUGACUAUGCAGCCACUGGGGCCAUGAGGAAAGAUCGUAAGCAGCUGGCUGAAGCCGUUCAGGAACAUCUACCAAUGACGAAUCAGAGAUCCAAAGCUAGCCAGAGUAUUCUGCAAUCGGAAGCAAGCUUCAUAAGGAAUGAAGCCCUUCAGCAGAAUCUACCAAUGGGAAAUCGGAGAUCCAAAGCCAGGCAGACUAUUCUUCAGGCGGAACCAAUAGAGGAAGAGUUUAACUAUGCAGCCACUGGGGCCAUAAGGAAAGAUUAUGAGCACCUGGCUGAAGCCGUUCAGGAGCAUCAUGUGCCCACUGGAGAUCGUUCGUCGAGAUCUAGGCAAACACUGCUUACGGCAGUACCCAUCGAGGAGGACUAUUCCAUUGCAUACCAGAGUUCCAAACCGAGAAACACUCACGAAUCCAGGGAGGAGUCGGUGGCCUUCAAAUCCAGAAAUACUAUUAUGCUGGCGGAACUUAAUGAAGAAAAUAUGACAGCCGUUCGGACGUCUAAAGCUCGCCAGACUCUGCUCUUGGCCACCUCCAUGGAGGAGGAGGAGCAGUUGAGGGAACCACCACUCGAGAAGUCUACAAAAGUGGCUCCAAAUCGUGGAUCCCGGGCUGAACAGACAUUGAUCAUGUCUGAAUCUAUGGAAGAAGAGGAGGAGGAGGAGGAGCACCCGAAGGAACCCGCAUUCGAGAAGUCUGCAAAUCGUGGAUCCCGGUCCCAACAGACAUUGAUCAUGUCUGAAUCUAUGGAAGAGGAGGAGGAGGAGGAGCACCCGAAGGAACCACCAUUCGAGAAGUCAGCAAAUCGUGGAUCCCGGUCCCAACAGACAUUGAUCAUGUCUGAAUCUAUGGAAGAGGAGGCGGAGAAGGCGGCCGACUUCCAGAGCCCCCUUCAAUCAACAGGAGCUCCCCCGGAACUCCUUCCGAUCACUCCCAUGUUAAAACAAAAUGGAUCAGGGUCACUUAAUUCCAUGAAUGAGUUUGAAAAGUUCGAGGAAGAGACCAAUCAGGCGGCUACGCCUCGCGGUCCGCUUCCUAAGACAUCGGCAUUGCUGCAGAAAAUACGCUCCAUGGGCGAGUCCAUGAGAAUGAGUUUGGAGGGCGAUGCCUUGGGAUGUGGCACUCCUACACGGCACAGUGGAGAUGCCAAGCGAUUGUUCGCCCACCUCACGCCCAAUCUGCCAGAGGCCAAAAAGCGCAAUACCCAUCUCUUUGGGGAUAUGGAGAUGGAGCAGGAGAUGGAGGCGAGUAUUGCCAUUAAAGAAGUGACGGCAGCGGUGGACAUGAACUUCGACUUGACCUUGCAGCCCGUGAGAGGCCUUAUUGGAGAGCACAUGUCGCGAUCCACUGUAUUCGAGGAGAGACCCAUCACCGUUUCAGAUGUGUCGGCCUACUUCAAAAAUCUGUCGUGCAAGGUGAAGAAGGAGCCGGCUGAGGGUACGAUGGAGGUGGAGCGCGACACUUGCCCCAGGGACAGUGGAAGCUCCACAGACCGUUCGUUCAAGAGCUACGCACCCACAAACAAGAGGUUCAUCAAUCUGUCCGGGGACACGACCAUCUUUUCGGCUGCCAUAGUGGAGACCAUUGACGUGGAUCAACAGGAGAACAACCAGAUAGACAAUGUACGGCUCAGUUUGGUCUCCACUCUGGCCGAUGAGCCGGACACGGAUGAGGAGGCACCGGCUGAGGACGCCGUGGCACUACCCAAACAGCCUGAGCCUCAGCCUCAGCCAGAGCCUGAGCCUGAGCACUGCCAGGAGCAGCAGGAGAGCUCUCGAGUGGUGGCUGCUGGGUCCAGUGCGUCCUGCAGGAAGUGCGCGAACUGCAGGAGAUCCCUGAGUGAGCCAAGGCUGAGCAACGACUCCUUUGUCCUGCCCACCCAGCCGCAGUGGGAUAUGACGCGGGAAAUUGAAAUGCUGCGACGCGUGAGAGCGAAGCCCAACCUGGACGACGUGCACAAGUACUGGCAGAUCAAGGAGCAGGAGAGGCAGACGAUCGCCCUGGAGAAAGAGCUGGACAGUUCGAGUGAGGCGUCCGAGGAGGAAGAGUUCAGCGAGUGGGACGUGAACGAGGUGAUGGCAACCUACAAAAGGAAGAUGGAAAGAUUCAAGCGCAGUCUGGCCGACAACCAGGAAGUGCUUCAGCAGAUGCUCGUCCCACUGGAACCAGUGGAAACGUUCUUCGAUCGCCUGCAGGACAUGCUGGGCGAGCAGCAGCCCAACUGGAUAUUUGACUACCAGCUAAAGGUCUCCCAGAAAUUGAUCUUCACCCAUCGACUGCUCACCACAUUCCGCCUGAUCGUUGACUACGAGACUGUGGACGAGUUGGAGACAGCCAUACGGGUGUGCGCCAUCAAUGUGGAACAGGCCACAGUCAUUCUGCCACUGCAGAGCUGGACGGCGUUUGAGCACCUGCUCGACUUUCAGCUGCAGCUCAAGCUGCCAGUAAAUCUCACCGACUCGAUCGAGGGCAGCAGCGUGGAGGCCUUCGCACAGUUUCUGCAACGCAUAGAUGCCAUUUGUGUGGACAUACUACGCACAUUCCACAAGCUAUUGGCGGUGCUCACAGCAACAAGGGCGAAUCUUCUAAGGCAAGCCAAUCGAAUCGUUGUCAAGAAGACUGUGCGCCGGCACAUUGAGGUGGAUACACGCACGCGCUUGGAGAAGACCGAUUUCGUGAUUGAAAUCGCCAAUGUCGAGGCAAUUUCGUUCAGGGAUAUUCUGCAGCCAAAGCUACAUUUCUUCAACGAAAAUAUUCAGUUUCUGCCCACGGGAGUGGCCUUUUUGGAAGCCUUUCUAGAUCAUCCCGAACAGUAUCUCAAAGUUUAAUCGUUUUUAAAGGUACAAAAUAAUAUAGUUGAAGUUUUAGCAUUUGUACAAUUCAAUAUACCCCUAUAUAGAUUGUUAUUUUUUUAAUCACA